CCUGCUUAGCCUGGUCGUCAGGCUAACAGCAAAACAAGCCACCACAACCUCGUAUUAUAGAUCAGGAUCAGGUUAACUCCAAGAUGCAGGCUGCCAUUGCUUCGCCAGCCGUGCUGCCUUUCGCUGCAAGUGUGAGUUGCAUCAGGCCAGCAGCGAGGAGGAGGAACACCAUCGUCGCCGGCACGAGGAAGAUGCCACGCAGCGGCGUUUGUGCGCCUGCCGCCACGGGGCCCGCGGAAGUGGACUACAGCUCCAACGUCUCGGUGUUCCCAAUGGAGGCGUGCGACCUGGUCGGUGGCGAGGCGUGCGAGGCGGCGGAGAUGUAUCCGGAGACCAAGCUUGGCGGCAGCUCUGCCGUUGAUGUUGCUGGAAGCAGGGUGCGGGAGGAGGAAGUGGAGCGGGAGUACCUGGCCUACGACGAGCCUAAAACGGUGUUCCCGGGUGAGGCGUGCGACGAUCUGGGCGGCGAGUUCUGCGAGGCGCCUUACCAGACCGGUGUCUCCAAGGAAUGAAGUCGUAGGAGCUCCUCAGUCCUCUUCUAGUAGGUGGUGAUAUGUGAAGCUUGUGUAGACCAAAACAUACUAGUGCAAGAUUGAAACCUGAAAGCAGAGAUGUACAGCAGUACUUGUGAAUAAGUAACAAAACAAUUUAUGUACAUGGAGUCAUGGAAGAAAUGCAGCCACAUUUGUCAGUCA